CGUCAUGUUGUCGUCUACUCUAUCUCAGGCGGAGGUUCUAUUAAGCUGGUAUCUCGUGGGGCAGCCUUUAUCUCCUGCGGGCUGAGAGCGUGGUUUGUUAUGAAGAGCGAACUGACGCCGAUGCAUAGCAAGAGAUGGAAAAUGAAUCUUCACUGCCCCCUUGUGGAAGAAAAUGCAAAUCUGGAGAGGAUGUAGAGUUAGUGGCCAGGCUGUCUACACCUGAACUGGAGUUGCUGCCCGUGCCUUCAAGAAUGUCCUGCUGUCCUGAGGGUCUAACAUGUAUGCUGGUAUUUGCAAUCUUUGCAGCCGUCCUAGGAAUGUUUCAAUUUGGCUACAAUACAGGUGUUAUCAACGCACCCCAAAAAAUCAUUCAGAAAUUCAUCACUGAUGUUUAUAAGGCUCGAACAGGAUCGGAUAUAUCUGACGAUUUUCGAGAUUUACUAUGGUCUUUGAUUGUAUCUGUGUUUGCUAUUGGAGGAAUGAUGGGAGGACUGAUUGGGGGCUCGAUUGCAAAUAAAUUUGGAAGGAAAGGAGGACUUCUUGUAAAUAACAUACUUGGAAUUAUUGGCGCAGCACUCAUGGGUUCCAGUAAAAUUUCGCACAGCAUUGAAAUUUUAGUUGUUGGCCGGUUUAUCAUCGGAGUGAACUGUGGUAUCAACACAGCUUUGGUUCCGAUGUAUUUAUCUGAAAUUUCUCCACUUACAUUAAGAGGAGGGUUAGGGACUGUGAAUCAAUUAGGAAUUACAAUUGGCCUUCUACUGUCGCAGGUGCUAGGUAUCGAGGCUAUUCUCGGAACUGCUGGAGGGUGGCCAUUCCUUUUUGGAAUCUCGGUUAUACCGGCUGUAUUACAACUUCUCAUCCUUCCUUUAUGUCCUGAAAGUCCAAGAUAUUUGCUCAUCUCGAAGCAGCAGGAGUCUCUCGCCCGAGAGGCCCUGCAGAAACUUAGGUGCUCAAGUCUAGUGGAGGAGGACAUAGAAGAAAUGAAAGCAGAAGACAGAGCUCAACAACAUGAGCCUGAAACUGCUUUCACUGAGGAAUUUCGUAUACAGCCUCCUCCUGUAGAGAUUACUAUAUGGAAAUUACUUAAGAACAGAUCCCUCCAUCUUCCAUUAGUUAUAGGAGUUGUAAUGCAACUCACUCAACAACUCUCAGGCAUCAACGCAGUCCUUUAUUAUUCAACUGGUCUUUUUAUGGGUGCUGGUCUGCCUGAGAAUGCUGCGAAAUUCGCUACGAUCGGUGUUGGAAUCGUGAUGGUUAUUAUGACGCUCAUCUCAAUUCCUUUAAUGGAUCGAAAAGGCAGAAGAACCUUGCAACUCUACGGUCUUGGAGGAAUGUUCAUCUUCAGCAUUUUUAUCACAAUUACAAUGCUCGUCAAGUUCCUCUACCAAUGGUUAUCAUAUUUCAGUGUGGUCAGUACAUUGCUCUUUGUUGUCUUCUAUGCCAUGGGUCCUGGCCCCAUUCCAUGGAUGAUAACAGCGGAAUUAUUUUCGCAAGGACCUCGUCCAGCAGCAAUGAGUAUAACGGUCUCAGUUAAUUGGUUUGCAAAUUUUGUUGUUGGUUUGGUCUUUCCAAUUAUGCAGAGGUUUUUUGAGAACUACACCUUUUUGGUUUUUACCAUGUUCUUAGCUGGUUUUUGGACAUUUACAUACAAAAAGAUACCCGAAACAAAGAAUAAGACUUUUGAAGAGAUUUCAGCCCUUUUCAGGAGAGACGAAGAUACUCUGAACAUCAAUGGAAUGAAUGUUCUGAGGAAUUCUUUGCAACCGGCUGAUUUGUUGUUUGAAGAGAGUCUGCAGAACAAACCUUCUGAUCAGUGUGAAUUUCAGCACCGGCAUCAUUGUCGUCUACGAAACAUGCCUGGGGGACCCGUUGUUGAAGGGACACCAAACCAUGUGGAAGAAGCGCUAUGACGCAGCGGGAGAAAAACUGUGUUAAUUCAAACUCUUUGAAACAGAAAUUAGAGCUCAGGCGUUUCAUGGAAAGAACAAAAAGUAGACGAUUUGCAUGUGGACAGAGAACAGCUGCUUCUUCGACAGCUGCCCAGUGCUCCGUCUGUCUCUCCUACCCCUCAACUCUACAUACUGGCGUCGAUCCUAAGCAAAGCUCGAUCCUAUGAGCAAGAUGACAGCAAGGAAAAUAAUUAGCAGAAAGAAAAUGUGUUGGUGGAUGUGUGUGGACCUAUAAUCUAAGUUUUUAUUUAUCGGUGCCUUCAACACUUCAUCCCCCCGAAUGAUUCCUUAGACUAAUGACUAUCCUGAUGCGAAAACCUGAGUACAGGUAAUGGAGGGAAAAAAUAAAGAAAGUAUUUAACAGACCUGUGAAACGAGACCUGUGCGCUCGACAUGAAAUCCAUGAGUAACUUCCGAUGCGUCAUAGCUUUCCCUCAUUCUAAAUAAUGAGGGUCCUAACUAUCGAUUUUUUGCUCGUAACUAGAAUAUAAUGCAAUUAAAUUUUUAAUAUGUCUCAAACUAACAACAGACGUACAAAGAUAUAGAAAGCCAGAUAAUAUCGAAACAAAUGAAACUACGUACAGAAAAAAAUAUAUAAAAAAAUGUUUCUUCAUUGUGCCAGGAAUGUCUCCUCUACCAACGGCUCCAUCUGAGCCACUGAAGAUUUGACUUGACACAAUUUCAUGUUUUAAUAUAUGUUUUCGUCCAUAGCUUAUUUUUACUUGUGUAUUUUUCACAUAGAAAAUAUAUGACACUUAUUAUUUACUUCCUUUUUAGUGUCAUGGAUGAAAUCCAGAGCAUUUCUCAUCUUGUCUCGUACCAUAGAAUCUGCAAACUGAACUCUAUUGACGUCGUUAAAAUGGAAUAACAGUAUUGCCGACGUUAGAAAACAACGCUAGUAACAGAUAAUAUUGAACCGUUAUGUGUUUUCAUUACGCAUCACAAAAGCUCCAUUUUGGGCUGUUGUCUAGUGCAAUAUGUUGUAACUCUAUGAACAAAAAUAUAUUGUUAAUUGUUUACAGAUAAAAUUUAUAGAAAAUUUUGAGAUCUAUAUUUCGCGCCAGAUGAGUUCGUACGAGUUCUGAGAGAUUCGUGUGAAAUUUUAUUAUGAGCAAAACUACAAAAUUGUGUUCGUAUUAAAGUUCCACGAUAAAAAUUUAUCAGCAUGAGAGUCUGUAUUAUACCGAAGUUUAGUUCAAUAAACUUUGGAAUUUUUGUAGCAAAUAAACGAUUUCUUCCCGAAAA